GGUAAAUUUAAGAGAUCAAAUAAUUCGUUGAAUCAGUGGAAAAGUGCCACUCAGCCGGCUUAAUGAAAUAAUGUCGGACUUUAAAUUUUCAAAUAUCAUUGAACUCAAAAAAUGCCUGAGCCUGAGGUGCGCAAAAGUUCAAUGGCAAAGGAAUUUCAACGCAACUUGCUAAAUCAUUCCGGGUAUGUGACGACAAAGAGGGAGGUGAAGAGAGACAGAAAGAUUCGAACUUUGAUUUACGAGGGGCACCGCUCAUGGCUUGGAUUCAAAAUGUCUGACAUUCCAACGGCGUGCAGAAUUCGGUGGCGGCUUACCGUGAGGGCCCUUCGAGGCAAGUGCAAAAUGACCUUUAAAUACUAUAGUCCCUUUUGUAAACCACUACGUUUUUUUUUUUCGGGAGGCACUUGUCCAAGCUGUAGCUGAUUCUUUACUCAAGUGUAUUUAUACAUUACAGUUCUCCCUCUCGUGACUCGCAUGCUCCAUGGCGUCGCUCUGGCUCCUCAUUGCGCAUCCUCGAACUUAUUUGCUUGAUGACAGUGCGGAAAUCUGACCUUUGCUUCACAGGCAUUUUCUUUUUCUUUUUUUCUCUGUUCUUUUUCCUUUUUUUCAAUAGGAAAAUGUUUGACCAAUGGUGCUACAUACUACCAUUUGUUCAUCAUCCCUAUAAACAUUUACUCAGUUACUCAGUUACAUACCCAGUGAUAGAAAAAGACAUUGAAAGGUGAUUUUCUGUUCACAGUAUCGUAUAAAUAAGGAGUUUUAGAGUUGGAUGACGACGCAAGUAAUAAAACACACACUCGACCAAAAGUUGAACAUAUAUUGCUAAAAAGCUUAGAGCGAGUUUCGCACCUGGACACUGAUAACCACGCCAUGUUAAUGCAAGAAAUGCUUCAAACAUUUCGUCUAGUACACGAUUUCGUUUCAAAAAUUGAACAAGAAGCUUAUAGACUCGAAAAUUACAAUUCAGGAUGCCAAUCAAAAAGCAAUUCAGAGUUACUGAAAGCAGAGCAAGACCUUGAUGAGCAGCUGAUGUUGGGAUGUGAAGUUAUGAGCAAAAUAAAAAAACUGCUUACGCUAGAGAAAGCCACGAAUCUAGAGGCUCAAGAGCUGUAUAGGCCAUUCAACUUUAAUUUCGAAAAAAACCCUGAGGACUCAGAUGACGUCACAACACUCGUAAGUACACUGUCACCUACGCGGAAAAGUAGGAAGUUUUCUUGGGUGAGGCGUUUUUACUUAGAUAUUGAAGAUCUGGUGAACCGAUUUGAACGAAUAAUAGACAAACGUCAAGAAAAAACCGUCAAAAAAGUGGUGCCAGUCACGGCGUCGCAGUUCUUAUUUCCAGCAGAUAAUGAAUUGGAGGCAACGGAAACGGGACAAGUCAAUAAUAACAAUGUCGAGUACGUUGAAAAAACGGCAGUUGAGGUUCUGGCAGAGCACCUUGAAAAAACAGACUUGGAGCCUACGUACAAGCAUAUUAAUAUUGAGGGUACCGGUCAUGCCCUGGAACACACGUUCUCGUGUACCGUGUUGAAUCUUUCAGUCGAGGGUAAAGGAUCUAAAAAGUCUACCGCCAAGGAAGAGGCAGCAUUACAGAUGAUCAAGCUAAUUUUGAAAAAACAGAAAAAUAAUCAUUUUACAAAGCAAAUAGCACCGUUCUCUGUUGAGGAGAUAAAUAAAAUGGGAUCUCUUUUGGAUACUAAAAUAUUUGACUACGUUCAGAAACUUCAUGAGCUGUGCGUGAAUUCGGGCGAGGAGCGCGAACCCAUCUACACGGUUUUAUCCGAAACUGGCCCGACAAAUGAGCCGUUCUUCUCGGUUAGGUGUGAGGCCUUAAACAGCGUUGGAGUAGGUCACGGAUCGAAGCUUGAGGUGGCUCGCCAGUUAGCCUCUAAGACAAUCCUUGAUUCAUUGGUAAGGAAAGAAAGGUAGGUAUUAUAAAUAUCCACCUGAAGCUAAUAAGAGGAUGAAAAAAAGACGAUGAAUAUUCAAAAUGAAAGGCCGCCUCGACCAAAUUGCAGCACGCGGUAGUUUGGCUCGCGAUCUUCCAUUCAAGGCUCUCGUUACAUGCGAUCAAAUUGCAGAAGAAUUUCUAUCAACUGCGGCUGGAAUUGUGUUUACUACUUACUCAUACCUCCUGUCAAAUUUUAAUCGCAUCAGUGGCGUGGCGUGCUUUGCGAUACAUCGAUUGAUCGGCCAUUUAAACCUAUGGAAAAGGAUCGAUAAACAGGGUGUUCGCAGCGAACACCCUAAAAAUCGAUUCUUUACCACAGGUUUAAAUGGCAUAACAAUCGAUAUGCCACGAUAUGCGAUUCGCCACGCCACUGAAUCGCAUCCCGCUAAUAAUUAACAACGGCGGGAUCUUUAAGUUCUUGCUGUGGCUACAGAAUUGUGUUGAUCUCGUUACAGUUUGUGUUGAAUAGUAAUAAAUGAAGAUAACAUUUCUGUUUGUAAUUAAUUAUCAUAAUAAACCUGGUUUUUACAAUCAAACCAA